AUGCCGCCUACUGGAGGGAACCUGGGUGAGCCUGGCAAUGAGGUGGGCACAGUGAACAUUCCCACCGGAUUUGUCUUGGCCCUUCCUUCUCACCCCUCACCCUUUAUCUCAAUAGGACAGCAGGAUUAUGAUCUCCUGGUGAUUGGUGGGGGAUCCGGCGGGCUGGCCUGUGCCAAGGAAGCCGCUCAGCUGGGAAAGAAGGUGGCCGUGGUAGACUAUGUGGAGCCUUCCCCCCGAGGCACCAGGUGGGGCCUCGGUGGCACCUGUGUGAAUGUCGGCUGCAUCCCCAAGAAGCUGAUGCACCAGGCAGCUCUGCUGGGGGGCAUGAUCCGAGAUGCCUCCCACUAUGGCUGGGAGGUGCCCCAGCAGGUACCGCAUGACUGGUGCAACCCUGGGUCCCCAGACAUUUGGCAAUGCCUGGAGACAUUUUUGGUUAUCACCACCACAGGAACUCUGGCUGCCUCGGUCUCCCCAGACUCAGCCCCUCUCCUCAGCCAGAGCACUGAGGAAAAAGCACACGUCCGGUCCUCAGGAACCACUGAACCUCCCCUCCCGUUGGCAGGCCAGCAAAAGCAGCCUUCCGAGAAGACCAGGCAGCUUAUGCACAGGGCUGGCCCUUGGAUUGAAGGUGCCGUACAACAUGGGAUUACAAGUGACGACAUCUUCUGGCUGAAGGAAUCCCCUGGGAAAACGUUGGUGGUUGGAGCCAGCUAUGUGGCCCUGGAGUGUGCUGGCUUUCUCACCGGGCUUGGACUGGACACCACUGUCAUGAUACGCAGCAUUCCUCUGCGGGGCUUUGACCAGCAAAUGUCGUCCUUGGUCACAGAGCACAUGGCUUCUCACGGCACCCAGUUCCUGAGGGGUUGCACCCCUCUGAGAGUGGAGAAGCUCCCGGACGGCCAGCUUCAGGUCACCUGGAAGGACCUCGCCUCUGGCAGGGAGGACAUGGGCACCUUCGACACCAUUCUAUGGGCCAUAGGUCGUGUUCCAGAAACCAGAAGCCUGAAUUUGGAGAAGGCUGGAGUAAACACCAACCCCAAUAGUCACAAGAUCCUGGUUGAUGCUCGGGAAGCCACUUCCAUCCCCCACAUUUAUGCCAUCGGAGAUGCAGCAGAGGGGCGACCUGAGCUGACACCCACAGCUAUCAUGGCAGGGAGGCUCCUGGCCCAGCGGCUCUGCGGCCAGUCCUCAGACCUAAUGGACUACGACAACGUCCCCACAACAGUCUUCACUCCACUGGAAUAUGGUUGUGUGGGGCUGUCAGAGGAGGAGGCUGUGGCACGCCAUGGAGAGGAGCAUGUGGAGGUUUAUCACGCCUAUUAUAAACCACUGGAGUUCACAGUGGCUGAACGGGAUUCGUCCCAGUGUUACAUAAAGAUGGUGUGCCUACGGGAGCCCCCACAGCUGGUGCUGGGCUUGCACUUCCUCGGCCCCAACGCAGGCGAAGUUACUCAAGGAUUUGCUCUGGGGAUCAAGUGUGGGGCCUCCUACGCACAGGUGAUGCAGACGGUGGGCAUCCACCCCACCUGUGCCGAGGAGGUGGCCAAGCUGCGCAUCUCCAAGCGCUCAGGCCUGGACCCCACUGUGACGGGCUGCUGAGGGUAAGCUGCCAUCCCUGCCAGGCCCAGGGCACACAGAACACCUGCUGCCCCCACAGCUCAGCCUUCGGAGGCUCAGAUCCAGGACAAUGGAAACCAAGCCCAGGCGAGUCUCACCCGUGCCUGGAGAGCCCUUGAGUUAGACUGCGUGGGGCAGCGUUUCUGGAUGGACUGCCCAUGUGUCCUGCAGGGAUGGCUCCCCGGGGGCUAUCAGCCCCCGCACCUGUACCUCACACCCCCUCCUGCCUGGGCCAACCCUGCCAGGCCCCGGAUGCCAGUCAAUGACGACCUGUGCAGAAACCCACCCCGUGGGCUGCCCAUGUCCGAUCCCCCUGGUGUUUCUGGAGUACAAAUAAAGAGGGUGUUUUCCUGAAGCAUGCCCUGCCUGUGGCAUCCCCAACAUGCCCCCCAGGAUAGUUCAGGCAGAGAUGGGGCCUGGCCACCCAGCCCAUCACACUCUCCCCUUCAUCACCUCCCUCCGUCAUUUGGGAACUGCUUCCAAGUUGUGCUUUGAUGGGAGGUAGGGUAGCAUCACCUCAUUCCCAGCAGUCACUCCUGGGAAGACCCUGACCAUGUCCCCCCUGGUAUAGACCCCAGGGGAUCCCUCCUGGGGCCCUCUGUCCAGGUCUCUGCAGGUCCUGCAGGUGCUUAGGAGGGCUUCGUUCCAGAGCAUCCCGCCAACGGUGUAGCCCAGCAACAGGAGUGGGCAGGGGUGUUGGAGGCUUUCUGCCCCCUGAAUGUCAAGCACCUCAUUAUGUUUCCAUGGUGGCCUCCAAGUCAGCUUGUCGGUUGUGCUCAGGCUAAUCCUGCCCACUGAAGCUUGAUGGGCCCAGGGAGAGCCCGUCGGCACCGGCUGCACCUGUCAGUCACCCCAGUGAGACAGCGCUGACAGCGACAGGCAGGGCCCGGCAUUGUGCUGAGGCUUUAGCGGCGGUUAAUCUGGUGUCUUUCUUAAGAAAACAUCACUUAGUCUGCCGGCCCGGGAGCCCUGGAUGGGACCCUGCUUGUCAGCAAACAAAGGAAUGUCUUUGCACCUUAAUGGGCCUAUGGGAGCCUCAGACUCUCCGUGUGAAGCAAGCGUGUGCAGGAGCUCUCUCAGACGCCCAAUUAAGAUGCCAAGUGCUGGGCUGGGCCAGGCCCUCUCGACAAGUGCAGUGAGAGCUCACCCAUGUCCCAUUUAACGCACGGCUGGCGGCGCGCCCCUACCUGUAUCCUGCGGGGAGGGCCACCUCUUUACUGGGAUGAGGUGUUCCCCUGCCUUGGAGGCAAAGGUGAGGUCUGCAGAGGUCAGCUAACACGGGCUGCCAAGGCACAGGAAGGGGCUUCAGAUUCCUCAAUUGAUCGACCCCUGCCUUGGGGCGAACAAGGUACCUGAAAUGGCCUUGUUGUUUUUCAUAAUAAUGGAAAUGAUGCCACCUGUAUGGGAACCCUCAGUACACACCAGGCACCUCUCUGGUUUGAGGACCAGGAGUGCCCAUCACUGGCAGGCAGAGUGCCAUCCACAUGUGUGUCCCCGCGGGCCCCCUGGUGGUUUUCUCCACACAUGCCCCUUUCCCCAGCAUGGACCUGGCUCUAACUCACCUGCUGUGUCUGUAAUGCCCACUCUCCAUGCUGUGUUUGGCCUGUGCCAUCACCUAGAAGAGAAUAAAGCAUCCUUGGUACUGGGCA